CAGCAGUCGGUCAACUACACCUGUGUGGCCAUUUCCUCUCUGGGUAUCUUAGAGACUGAGGUGCAGAUAACAGUCAAGUCUCCAGCUCCAGCUCCACCAACGUUUUCACGGACCCCCACAGAUGUGACUGGGGUGGGGGGGGGUGUGGCGUCCUUCGUGUGCCAGGCCAGUGGGGACCCCCAGCCCAUAAUCAGCUGGAGCAAAAACGGCAAGAAAAUGAUCAGCAGCGGCCAGAGAUAUGAGGUGAUAGAUUUUAUAGGUGGCUCAGGGUCUGUGUUGAGGAUCGAGCCCCUGAAGAAACGUCAAGAUGAGGCUGUCUAUGAGUGUGUGGCCACCAACAGCGCAGGACAGAUCAGCACCUCCACAAACCUUACUGUCUUACGAAGGGAUCAGCUGCCUCAGGGCUUCCCCUCCAUAGACUUGGGUCCGCGGCUGAAGGUGGUGGAGCGAUAUGGCAUCGCCACCAUGCGGUGUGCGGCCAGCGGAACACCCAACCCCGAGAUCACCUGGUUCAAGGACUUCCUCCCCGUCAACACCAGCAACAGCAACGGCUGCAUCAAGCAGCUCCCCUCAGGUGCACUUCAGAUUAAUCAGAGUGAAGAAACCGACAUGGGGAUAUAUGAGUGUGUCGCUACCAACAGUGAGGGAACACGCUACUCUGCUCCAGCAAACCUCUACAUGAGAGUGCGCCGGGUCCCUCCAAGGUUCUCUAUCCGGCCACAGAACAGUGACAUCAUGCGCGGCGGCAGUGUCAACAUCACUUGUGUGGCGGUGGGCUCGCCCAUGCCCUACGUCACGUGGAUGCUGGGCUCGGAAGACCUGACGCCCUCGGACGACAUGCCCCUCGGACGCAAUGUGCUGGAGCUCACGGAUGUGCGGCAGUCGGCCAACUACACCUGUGUGGCCAUGUCCUCUCUGGGUACCAUAGAGACGGGGGUCCAGAUAACAGUCAAGUGGGAUCAGCUGCCUCAGGGCUUCCCCUCCAUAGACUUGGGUCCGCAGCUGAAGGUGGUGGAGCGAUCUCGCAUGGCCACCAUGCGGUGUGCGGCCAGCGGAACACCCGACCCCGAGAUCACCUGGUUCAAGGACUUCCUCCCCGUCAACACCAGCAACAGCAACGGCCGCAUCAAGCAGCUCCCCUCAGGUGCACUUCAGAUUAAUCAGAGUGAAGAAACCGACCAGGGGAAGUAUGAGUGUGUCGCUACCAACAGUGAGGGAACACGCUACUCUGCUCCAGCAAACCUCUACGUGAGAGUGCGCCGGUUCUAUCCCAGGUUCACCGUCCUGCCGCAGAAGAACAGUGACAUCAUGCGCGGCGGCAGUGUCAACCUCACGUGCGAGGCGGUGGGUGAGCCCAUGCCCUACGUCAAGUGGAUGCUGGGCGAUGAAGACCUGACGCCCGAGGACGACAUGCCCAUCAGACGCAAUGUGCUGGAGCUCACGGAUGUGCGGCAGUCGGCCAACUACACCUGUGUGGCCAUUUCCUCUCUGGGUAUCUUAGAGACUGAGGUGCAGAUAACAGUCAAGUAGGUAGGCAGUGUGGAACUCCAUCAGUGUGUCUGCAGCUGUGGGGAAAGAGGUCUCAAUGGAAAUGGGUAUGCGACCUACAUCCACUGAUACCAGAAAAAUGAAGGAGAGAGCUUCACAUAGAUAUGAAGAGUUCAAACCAGACAAAAGCAAAAACAAAAAUCACUCAAAAAAUCCCGCCGUUGUAGUACUCUAAUGUGUCAGUAUAGUGUUGUGCAUAUCAUAUCAUAUCAACUUCCUGUGAUAAAACCAUGAUAGAAAAGAACAUUUUAAUUCUGCAA